AUGGACAGUAGAAUCACCCAAGAGUUUGCAGUAGUGGCCAGGAAGAUCUGGUGGAGAAGAAACAAAUUCCUCUUUGAAGGCACCUUUGCACACCCGAAUGCUGUAGUGAGGGAAGCGAGAGGAACAUUGGAUCUGUUGGUUGAGGAGGACUCAAGAUUGGCUCGAGGGCAAACUAAUACACAAGUAGAGGAUUGGCAGGCUCCUCCAUCAAACUGGAUCAAGCUAAAUUGGGACAGUGCAGUAAACAAAGUAAAUGGUGUAAUUGGAGUGGGAGUAACUGUUCGGGACAGCCUUGGUUAUACCAUUGCUACCAAGCAAACUAAUAAAAUCCUCUUCCCCGAUCCACUUCUAGCAGAGGCUUUUGGAGCUCUCAAAGCUGUUCAGUUUGGUGUGGAACUUGGUCUAUCCCAAGUUGUUGUUGAAGGCGAUUCUUUGCAGGUCAUCAAUGCACUGAGAAGUGAUAUAGAAGGGUGUAAUAGUGUAAGUAUGUAUGUUAGUGAGGCAAAACUGAUCCUUCAAAAUUUUGCCAAGUGGGAGGUUUCUCAUGUUAGGAGAAAUGGCAAUGCAAUGGCUCACUUGUUAGCAAAAGAAGCUCUUUCCAUCCAUGAUGAUAUUGUAACUAUGGGGGUUCUUCCCUCUUGUUUUCCUCUGGAUUAG